CCGGCCGUCCCCGCCCCCUUCCCGGCCCCGUCGUCCCCACCCCCUUCCCGCCCCGCAGCUGCUGGUGAGGUGGCCGUGGCCGCGGCUCCGGCGGUCCGGCGCCCCCUUGCCGGCCCUCUGCUACUGGCUUUCUGGUGUUGCAUAUCUUUGGAGUCAUCAUCGUCGAAGGCAUUGGUCUGUGAUUUCGUCGCUGUUUGACUACUUCGUCUACAGUCGAGGAUUUUGGUGAGAUCUCCUCUCCACCGCCGUCACUCCCACUGCCACUCCUCUCUACCACUGCUGCACGGAUCCAUGGCAGAGUCAGCAAGUCUCCUCCAUGGCCUCCAGGAUGACAUCUUCAUGUUUGAGAUCCUCCUUCGCCUGCCCCCCAAAUCCCUCCUUCGCUGCCGUGCAGUCUGCCACGACUGGCGCGGCGCCACCUCCGACCGCGACUUCCUUGUCGCCCACCACGCCCGCCAGCCCUCAUUCCCCCUCCUUUACGCUGAAAUUGACGACCCAUCAUCCAUAGACAUCCUCAUCCCCUUGCCCUCCGACCACCGGGCAGACGACAAGCUCCAGUCCGUCGCCCGACUUCGUGGUGCCGACGACCUCACUCCCGUGGCCUGCUGUGACGGCCUCCUUGUCUUCACCACCUGGGGGGCUGAACGCCUCUCCAUCUGCAACCCGGCCACUCGUCAGUAUGCACGUCUCAACCAGCUUGAUGGCUUCACGGUUUUCGGGAUGUACCCACACAGGCCUACCAGCGAGUACCGACUACUGCUCUGCGUCUGCCCGGAAACUGAUGCUCAAAGUGGCUUUUACGUCUUCACAUUAGCCUCUGACCAGCAGCCGAGGCCCAUCGGGGCGUGCCCUCCUGCCGCGGAACUGUUUCAACACGAACCUGUCCUUUUGCGUGGUAGCCUGCAUUGGGGCACAAAGCGACUGAUAAUGGUAUUUGACACCACCGCUGAGUUGUUCCGGCACAUGCGCUCUCCGAUUGUUCCCGGCCAUGCCAGGUCUGACCUGUUUGAGAUGGAUGACUUGCUUGGCCUGUACAUUCUUAAUCAAGAAGAGACCCUUGUUCAUGUCUGGGUGAUGCAGGACUACGAAGCCCAAGUCUGGGCCUCCAAAGCCCGGGUUCAAUUGCCGAUUGCAGAGCUAAGUGUCCGCGGUUUUUGGUAUGUGAAUGUUGCAUAUUGGGAUGGUGAUGUGCUUGUGCUGGUCGAUAAUGACAAGGACUCGCUACUUCAGUUUGACUUCGAUGGCAAGUUGAUUGCUAGUCUCCACUGCAGAUGUCUCUGCCAUAGUGGACUUCGGCUAAAACAAUCUCUAGUUUCACAUACAUGCUUUCCGGCACCAGAGGAUUAUGUUCACCUUUCAUCUGACCAGAUUGUUAUGUUCUGAAUAUUAUUUAGCUUUUCAUCAGAGCCUGUAUCAAGGUCUCAAUUUGUUCACUUUUGCCCCCCCCCCCCCCUGUAGCGGUCUCUACUUAAUACUUGAUCGUUAGCAAUCUAGAUGCCUCUUGGUCUCUGUUCAUUGAACCGAAUAAUUGACUUUCCCUUUUUAUUGAGGUCUUCAUUUUUAGAGUUUACCCAGUUAUCCUUUUAAUACUAAAUAUUUAGAAAAUGUACAGUUGAUUCAUGUUUCUUUGUUUUGUUUUAGCAAAUGGUGAAAUAAGGCAGAUUAUUCUCCUUGUUGACUAGCUAGUUGCACCUGAUUUCAGAAGAGAUUGCAACACUACUUAAAUUGAAUGAUUGCAUUAUAGUUAACUUUCAACUCAAUAUGAUGUUGCCGUUCAUUCAUGUUCAUGAUUCCAUUAACAUCUGGUCAGGUAAUGAAACAUAAUGUUAUAAUUCUGCCUUUGUGUUGUAUGGUUUAGAAUUACAUAUAUAACUUCACUUUAACUGCUAACCACUUUAAGGAAUCAUUGCUUCAUGUGAUCUUCGAUCUUAACAUAUGCUCGAGAAAUGGAACUUGGUACUAAUGAGCAGAAGAUUAAAAACUGGGUCCACCAUUAGCCGACUAGUUCCAUUUUGAUGUAUAUACGAGUUAUGAUCAAUGAUCUGUGAAUGCUUCAUGGUUGCUUGAAAUUAUACUUGUGUGAAUAUCCUUUUGGGAUGAAGUAGCUAGCAUGAUGAUGCCACAACUAUUCACUCAUUUUGGCCGACGUUCGAAAUUGUUGCUAAUUGACUUGCCCCAUGCCUCUGUUUUUCUAUCUGAAGAAUUGACUUGGAUUUUUUUAUCAGUGUCUUCUUCUUUCUUAGAGAUCGUCCAGUGAUUUUCUUAUAAUACUAAAUAUUUAGCCAAUAUACAUCAGUUUCCUGUUUUUCCAAGUAUUGUUCUAGCCCACUAUUAAAUGUGGCCAUCAUCCUCUCAAUUGUUUCAGUAGCAAGUAGAACCUCAUUGUUAGAGGAGCUUUAUGCGCUGAUCGUUAAAUUGAAUGCAAUGAUCACAUUACAGUCAGCUUGUCAGUGAAAUGUUUUGUUGCAAUUCAUUCUUCUUCAUCCGGCCAUUGCACCUGGUUCGGUAUUAAUUGCCGUUAUUGAUCACAGAUCAUAUGAUGUGCCAUUCCUGCAGGGUAAUUCCUUAGUUAUUCACAUUAGUUGUAGGCUACUAAGAUAUUAUAAAUAGUGGAGAAAUUCUUUGGAGUGUGGUUACAGUUUACAAUGUUGAUUCAGUAUACAAGUUUUAACACUCGUGAUCUGAAACCAGUGAACAGCUGAAACUGUAGUUAUUGUUCUUGUACCACAGCAACAACGCGGGCAUCCUUGACUGUAUUCUUUGUUUUGCGGAGCUAGCUUCUUUUAACCAAUUAUGUGGUACCCUUGGCUUAAGAAUGGAAAGAAAUCUACAAGUAAGGCCAUUGGUUUAGGAGCUCAUAGCUGGGGUGAGGUUAACUUAAGCUGAGAGUCAGUUAAGAACACCCAGCCAAAACAGUGAAACAUGUGUGAGAAACAACAGAACCGAACCAAAAGGAGGAAGACCAGGGAGAAAAAUGGUUCAAACACUGGGUGGAAAGAAUAGAUAGAAAAUACUAGGUGAAAAAUCAGAUGCAAAAUGGUGGGAAACAAAAAAAAUUGUAGAUUAGAAAAUAAACAAAGAAAAAACUAGCGGUACCUUAAAGUUCCUAGGAUUGUUCAGCAGUACUUCCUAGGAGGUUUUCACCCUGUUUCUUGAGUAGAUAUGUACCUAGCAAAAGAAGUACCUAUCAUCCAAAUUAACAUGCCACGGUCCAAAUUAACUUAACCUUUGCUUUCCCAGUUAUCUAGGGGUCCGAAUUAACAUGUACCUAGUUUUUAUUGAGGUUUACUUUUCUAGAGAUUAUCCAGUUGUCUUUUUAAUACUAAUUAUUUAGCAAAUGCAAUUUUGGUUCCCAUUUUGUGUUUUGUUUUAGCCGACGGUGAAAUGAGGCAGAUUUUCCUCCUUGUUGGCUAGCAAGUUGCACCUGAUUUUCAUAAGAGCGUGGCGUGCUAGUUAAAUUGAAUGAUUGCAUUAUAGUCAACUUUCAAGUGAAAUGUUCUGUUUCAGUUCAUAAUUCCAUUGAAUCUGGUUUAUUGAAGGCCAUCAAGUGGUUUUCUCAAUAAUAUUAAAUGGUUAGCCAAUAUACAUCAAUUUCCUCUUUCUAUGUACUGUGUAGCCGACGAUUACAUGUGGCUGAUCAUCAUCUUGAUUUGUUCAGUUUGACCUGAUUGUCAGAGGAGUUUGGAGCACUGCUUGUUAGAUUGAAUGGAGCGAUUGCAUUACAGUCAACUUGGCCAUGUCAAGUGCCAUUUCUCGAAAGUAGAUUGCACAAUUUGUCACAGCACGUAUGGUGUGCCAUUCCUGCAGGGUGAUUCGUCCUCAGUUGCUCACAUCACUUGUAGGUCCCAUUAUCUGUUGCAUGCAUGCCCCCACUGGCAUCUGCACGCGUGUGUGAUAAAUAUACCCAUUGUGGCUGCAAUAUGUUUUUUGUUGAUGUAUACAAAGUUAUGAUCGAGAAGCUCCAACAGUUAAUGGUUGCAUA